UUCCCACCUUAUCUGUAAUCUCAUUAGUCAUUUCAGACCAGAAAAUGAGAAAAUCUUGCAACCAGGCUAACCUGCUGAAUACAAACAGUCUGUGUUUUCAGUUUGCUUAGCAAUGGGGUCAUCACUGUGGGUUACUAGCAAUCAUGACAAAGGGGAAAACCUUCCAGCAAUUUCCACACUCUUGUUCAUGGUGUUUACUCUGCUCUGGUUCUUCUGGAUUUGGAAGAAACCGAAUAGGAACCCUACACCUCCAUUGCCACCAGGCCCUCGUGGUUUGCCGCUACUCGGAUAUCUUCCAUUUCUUGGUACAAACCUCCACCUAGAAUUCGCAGACAUGGCAAGGGUUUAUGGCCCAAUUUACAAACUCCAACUUGGUACCAAGUUGUGGAUUGUGGUCAGCUCACCUGAGCUUGUGAAACAAGUGGUUCGUGACCAUGACACAACAUUUUCAAACCGUGAUCCUACAGUUGCUGCUCUAAUUGCCUCAUAUGGAGCAACCGACAUAGCCUUUGGAUCCUAUGGUUCAGAUUGGAGGAAGCUGCGCAAGGUGUUUGUGGGUCUGGUGCUAAGCAAAACCAACCUUGAUAAUUGCUAUGCUCUGAGAAAAGAGGAAAUGCACAAGUCGAUCAGUCAGAUAUAUCAUGACAAAAUUGGAACCCCAACUGAUUUGGGUGGGUUUGCAUUUUCCACAGCAAUCAACACAAUCUUGCGUAUGCUAUGGGGUGCCACUCCACAAGGUGAGAAGGGGAGUGACUAUGGGAAACAGUAUAGAAAAGUGAUGGCAGAAAUGGUUUAUCUACUUGGGAAACCAAACAUUUCGGACUAUUUUCCUGCGCUUGCAAGGUUUGACAUACAAGGAAUUGAGAGGCAAGCAAAGAAGGUUCAAUCCGAGAUUGACAAGAUUCUAACUUGUGCCAUAGAAGAACGGAUGAAGAAGCUGGCCUCGGGUGAAAAUGGGGGAGUACAACAAAAACAUGAAAGGAAGGACUUUCUGCAGUUGCUCUUGGAGAGCAAUAAUUCUCAUGAAGACGGUUCAACAUCCGUUAGGGUGCAACAAUUGAAGGGCAUGCUCGCGGAUAUUGUGGUGGGCGGAACUGACACUAAUGCAACAACAGUGGAAUGGGUUCUUACUGAGCUGAUGCAGCACCCAGAAGAAAUGAUAAGAGUUCAAGAAGAACUGACACAAAUUGUGGGGUUGAACAACUUGGUUGAAGAGUUUCAUUUGCCGAAAUUACGUCACUUAGAUGCUGUGAUCAAGGAGACAUUUCGCUUGCACCCUGCAUUGCCCCUUCUAGUGCCCCGGCGUUCAAGCCAACCUACCACCAUUGGUCGCUAUUACAUACCAAAAGGUUCCACUGUGUUUCUCAAUGCUUGGGCCAUACACAGAGAUCCAAGUGUUUGGGACGAUCCCUUGGAAUUUAGACCCCAGAGGUUCCUAAAUCCAAGCAAUAGCUUUGAUUACCAAGGAAAUAAAUUUCAGUUUCUUCCAUUUGGUUCUGGGAGGAGAGUAUGUGCCGGGAUUAACUUAGCAGAGAGGAUGCUGAUCUAUGCGUUGGCUUCAUUCUUGCAUUCGUUCGAGUGGAAAUUGCCUAAUGACGAAAAGCUUGACCUUUCAGACAAAUUUGGGAUUGUGACAAAGAAAAGCACUCCACUUAUUGCUGUACCAACACCAAGGUUAUCCAAUUUGGAGCUCUAUGCUUAAAAACAUUUGCCUUGGUGCCAAUGUUAAACAUGCAGCAAGCACUUAUAUUAGCUAUAGGUUUUUCUGGUCCAACUGUUCCCUAAUCCUUAAUUGUUGUAUGCUUCGAUAUAUAUUGUAAGAAUAAACGCAGAAAGUUCGAAAACAAACAUUUUGUGGUU